GAAUGUGUAGUUUAAAUAAAGAAAAAUUUACCACAUCGCACCGUCGGCUCAUGAGGAUGGAGUGUCGUCAGAAGUUUUCGUCUAGGUUGUUGAACUAACUCCGAGACGCUCAUGGUAUUUGGCACUUCCCAAGAGACCAGGGUUUGAAAAUUUGGUGCGGGAGAAGAUACAAGAAAUCCAGACGCUGAUACAGUAUUCACACCAAUUUGGGUGGGCCGUUGUUGUCGAGCGCCUUGGGAAUGUUUCCUGCAUUUCCUGCCAUAUAAAAUUAAAAAUAAAUUUUGUUAACAGAAAAAAUAAUCCAAAAACUAUUUAAUUUUUUUCUAAAAUCAAUUUUAACAAAACAUUUUCUAAACUUUUUUAAAAAUUUACAAAAUGAGAAACAAGUUUUUUUUAAAAUGUAUUGAAUAAUUAAUUAAUUAUAUAAAAAACGUUUUAGUUAGACAGACACUUUUAAAUAAUUUAACAACGAGCAAUGAGUCAUCGUCCACUCUCCCGUAGAGUGUCGCCUCUUUACUCCUCACCCAUUUCGAGUCAUCGCCCACUCUCCUGUAGAGUCGUCGCCCACUCUCCCUAGAAUCGUCACACACUUCUCCAUUCAUAGUGUCUCUCCUGAUUCGUGUCUUUAAAGCUCUUCGUAACAAAGUUGCCAGUAAAAAAAAUUAUAAACAAUGAGAAAAAAAUUACGUAAAACUAGCGAAAAGGUUGAAUAAAAAAUGGUUAAACGUAAACAACAAAUAGUUUUUCGACAAAAAAAUAUUUUCAUCAUUUCGUAAUCCAACGACACCAAAAUAACCGUGGAGUGAAAUGACGAGAUUUUCAGGAAACACUUAAAAGACCUAAAUCAUAAAACAUUUUGAAAUGGAAGCCCAAAUCAAUGAAGGUUUACUUGCUUUGAGAGGAAUAAGGGAGAAAAAAAAGGGAAAAUGAAGAUUUCCGAAAAUGAUAGACUUGGAUAUUGGAGAUAAUUGGGGGUGAUUGGUUAGGCUGUAACCGUAGAAAAUUUACUUUAUAAUUUAGUAUGUAGAAUUUUUUUAUUUAGCUUUAAGAAAUGUAGCUUUAAAAUUUCCUACAGUUAAAAAGAUGGAGCUUUAGAAAAUAAGAUUUUUACAACCAUUUUUUGUAUGUUUUUGCUGUAGUUUUAGUUUUUUGGUUGUACCUUUAAAACUAAGAUAAAGCAUAAUUGGUAGUAUUUAAGGUUGUAAAUAAAAAUUAAAGCUAAAGUCACUUCUUACAACUGAACCAAUGACUCAUAAAGAGAAAAAUAGAAAGAUGAUAGAUACAAGUCUACGGAAAGAGAAAAAUAGAAAGAUGAUAGAUACAAGUCUACGGAAAGAUGGAAAGAUGGGACCUAGGAUGAGAAUAUAAACAAGCCGAGACAGAAAAGAGACGGUAAUAUGAUAGAUACGCAUCAACUCUACUCUUUGCAAUUAUAAACUUAUGAUUUUACCUUUUAUAGACUGUUUACAUAUGAACUGUGACUCACAUAGCAAUUUUGAUCAUGCUUAAACACUUAUCAUAACCUUGUCAAAAUCACACGUAACUCUAACAAAUUAAGGGCUAAUUGUUGGGGUAAAUAUCAGUCAUAGAAAUAUCGACGUCUGAGAUCACUUAAAACAUAGCAAAAUGUGUUGUUCAUGUAACCGAUCCGGAAAUGUUUAGAGAAUAAUUCUACAUACGCUGCACCAGUUUAAAUAACGAUAUAUCAGAAUAGGCUUCAGUUUAAAUAACGAUAUAUCAGAAUACGCUUCGUAUAACUCUUUCCGGAAAGUGUAUAAAAUAAUUUACCACGAACAAGGAUUAUUCGGAAAACAUCCUUUCAAAAGGAUUUAAUGAGAACCUUAUUUUAUGUAGAACAUUCUACGGAAUAUAAAUUUCUUAAAACAAAAUUAAUACGAAAUAAAAUUUCAUAAAACUAAGAUAGACAAAAUUUAGAACAUCUUUUGUAUAAGUUACUUCGGAACAUUUUUCACGAAAUAACUUUUGUUAAACAAAACGAUACAGUUUUUACGAAACAACUUUCAUUAAAAAAACUCUACGUUUUACGAAAUAACAUUAAUAAAUUGAAUGGGGUUACACGGAACAACCAACGGAAGACAAGAAGAGACAACAGUGAACCUGCUCGCCCUGACCACGUGCUCGCCCAUUUGCCAUCGUCCGGACGUCCUUGCCCGUUUGAUCCCGUUCACUCCACUCAUCCUUCGUUCCUAGUCGCCACUAGUCCUUCCCACUCCUCCUAGUCCUUAAGUCGUCGCCUGUUCGUCCCCGUCCACUCCUCCUCACCACUUCUCUAAAUUUAUAGUAAAUCGGAAAGUUGGCCAACCUUAGAGAACUAAAUGAAGAAGAGGUCAAGACAAGAGAAAAGAGAGAUACAUUGACCAUGAAUUCUUAGACUCCACAUGUUCUGCAUCCUGAUUUAGCCUUAGAGAACUUAGUUUUUAGGUGGUUUAGUGUAGCAUAUCUAGUAUUAAACGCAAUAUUGCCAUGAUUUGUUGUUUUAUUCUUUGUAUCUGGUUAUUUGACGAAUUUUGCGAAAGCAUUUCAAUCUCUUGUAUAAAACAAACUAUGUUUGGCUUGAUCUUUGAAAAGGGGUACUUAGGUAGCUUUUCAUAAAAUUCAGUCUAAAAUCGGUAGAAACUCUUUACACAUUUUUCUGUCUUUUCAAUUUGUUGUGUUUGUGUGAUUAUCACAGAAACUAUGGUUCCCCAAAAAUUAUGUUAUUACAAAUUUUGAUUACACUAGUUUUCUCUCCCACAGUUUUCAACAGGCAUUUGUUUUUUUCAUGAAAUUGGAUACAGAUCCUAUUUAAAUUGGUUUUAUAAACCAUGGCCCGCAGCUCAAAAGUAUUGGAAGAAGCAUGGAUCAGAAGUUUUAGUAAACCGAAAGCUUCAAAUUAAUGACUCUUUACAAGGAAUAUCCAAAGAAAUGGAGUUGUGGGUUCAAUGAUUGAGUCUUUCUUAUACGUUAACACGAGUCUCCACAAGGACUAGUAAAUGAAAGCUUCUAAAUAUUAUGGGUGAGUGCUAACAAUGUAUAAAAUAUAUACUCUCCGAGUUUAUUUGUCACUUUCACUCUUGACUUGGCCUUUCAACAUAUCCAAGUCUCCCAUGCAUUUUGUAUUUGUAAAUUUUAUUUUACAUUUUCUUUAAACUUAAUUCCAUUUCUUUAUUAAAAAAGAAUAAGUUUAUUUAGUAGACACAAACAUAAAGACUUCAAAUCAAAAUGCAAAUUUGGAUUUCAAUAUUGUAUGUCUUAAUUGAAUUUUAAUCCAAAUGUUUACUUCGUUGAAAUUAACAAAAGGCAUAUCUUUCUUGUUGGAGAUGGAAAGACUCGUCCGGUUCUUACUGUUCAACAAGUAAAUGAAAUCUUAUCUCUUUGCAUUUAAUUGAAAUUUAAUGUUAUCAACUAGCAACAAACUCGAUAAUCCAUUCAGACUAUAAUUGGUUCUGAGCUUACAAAAAGUCCUUAUCCAGGAUUCGUAUCUGUAGGGUUAACGGAGACUACUAGUCUGAAGUCCAGUGUUCUCACCAAAGUGUGAAACAGAGACCUUUCUUUCAUUUUUUUUUGGUUAAUAAACAGAGGACCUUUGUUUCCUUCUGAAAAAUUUUCUUGUACUGUUAAUCUUCCUCAUCACAACAGUUUCUCCAAGAAACAGAAAGAAUUAUACUUUAAAUAAAAUGAUGGAUACUCCAUCACUAGGGGUUUGUUUUGUAACGUUGUUCAUGUUCCUGUUUCAUUAUGUUCCUUGUGCUCUAGGCAACCAAGCUUUCUUGUCAUGCGACUCUGUUUUUGAGUGUGGAAACCUCACCGCAACAUUCCCCUUCUGGGGAGAGAAUCGUGGUGAGCCUUGUGGCCAUCCAUUAUUGAAGCUUAGCUGCGACAGAGUUUCUAACAAAACCUCUAUAAAUAUCUCCAACAUCUUUUUCAAUAUCCUUCACAUAGAUAACACAUUCAAAACUAUUAAACUUGUAAGACAAGAUUAUUCAGUUUCCUUCUGCUCUACUCUAUCAUUUACCAAAACAAUGUUUCCUCCUAAAAUCUUUCAGCUGUUUCCAAAUUACAAGAACCUCAUCGUUUUCUCUAACUGCGACCCUCGCUUUCAUUACCUUGAGAAUUUCACUUGUUCAAAUGGGGGGACUGGUUCAGUGUAUCACAAUGAACAUUACUACCAGUCUUGUCGAACAAUCUCCAAUGUUAUUGUUCCUGCAGGUUUCAUACCUGAAAAAGAAGCCUGGAAUUUGGAAAAUGUAUUGAGAGGAGGAUUCGAAGUGAAGCUGGAUAUCAAUGAGAGACCAUGUAAACAAUGUUUAAAAACCGGUGGGUUUUGCAGUUUCGACAAGUUUGCAAAUCAGUUUUGCUGCAAAGAAGACUUUUCUUUUUAUCCUAACAGGAUAAAAGAGUUCUCCGGUUCUUUACUUGGAUUCAAAUGCAUAAAAACAAGUUCUGGUGAACUCCCAAAGUCUUCGGCUGGAGCUGAUCCAACUAGCUUUAAUUAUCUCUUGACGGGUUCUAGAGUGUUAAUCCUCAUUAUAUGUUUGACAUUAUUGAUUCUAUCAAUGCUCAUAUACUUUCUGAACAAGAUAGAAGCAUUAGAACAUCCAAGAAUAGAGAAUUUUGAGGAACUUAUACCGCUGAAACGAUAUAGCUACGCUGAGGUGAAGGAAAUAACAAACUUGUUCGCUCAAGAAAUCGGGAGAGGGGGAUAUGGAAUUGUAUAUGAAGGAAACCUUUGUGAAGGGCUCAAGGUUGCAGUAAAGGUCUUAAAAGAAUCCAAGAAAAAUGUUGAAGAUUUCAUUAACGAAGUGGCGAGUAUGAGCAGAACAUCCUAUAUCCACAUUGUUUCUCUGCUAGGCUUCUGCUACGAAGGGUCCAAAAGAGCAAUUAUAUAUGAAUUUGUAGAGAAUGGUUCACUCGAUAAGUUCAUAACGAGCCAGCCCUCCCUGCGCAUUGACCUUGGAAAGAUGUAUGAUAUUGCACUCGGAGUUGCAAGAGGCCUUCAGUACUUGCACUAUGCUUGCAAGACAAGGAUUGUUCAUUUCGACAUAAAACCACAGAACAUACUGCUGGGUAAAGAUUUCUGUCCCAAGAUUUCUGAUUUUGGACUCGCCAGGCUCUGUGGGAGUAAAGAAAGUGUCUUGUGGAUGUCAGAGACAAGAGGGACCAUCGGUUACAUCGCACCCGAAGUGUUUUCAAGAAUCUACGGGAGAGUCUCUCACAAGUCAGAUGUGUAUAGUUAUGGAAUGUUGGUACUUGAAAUGAUGGGAGCAAGAAAUAGGAACACUGUAUCAGACAGCAACAGUAGUUCAAUGUAUUUCCCAGAUUGGAUCUAUCAGGGUCUUGAAAAGGGAGAUUGUAAAAGGUAUCUAGAAGAUCAGAUAACAAGAGACGAAGAUGAAGAGUUUGCAAGGAAGAUGAUUCUUGUUGGAUUGUCGUGUAUUCAAGCAUGCCCAUCAGAUCGCCCAUCGAUGAACAGAGUUGUUGAAAUGAUGGAGGGAAGCUUAAGUGCUCUUGAGGCUCCUCCUAAGUAUCUUUUGCAUUUAUCUGCAUCUCCUAUGCCUCCAUCUGCACCUGAAGAUAAAAUUCAAUCUCCUCCGAGGAAAGCGCAUGAAAAAUUCAUCACUAUAGUAUAUAUAUAUUAAAAGCAAUUUAUUACAAAACCAGUAU